CAGCGCCGGUCUUACCUACAUGCAAAUGAGGGCACGUUCCACCCGCCUUGAGACCAGAGCGCGUGGAAGUGGAGAGGAAUGCAUUCGAACACUUUUGAGCCCACGAAAAACAAGUUUUUUUUGAACGUCCCAACAGCUUUAAAGAACCAUUUUCAAAUUUGAAGAAAACACUCUCUAUAGCGGAACUUAUUACUGCGUUGGCAUUGUAUCAUUUUUAGAACAUUUUUUAACUGUUAUGAGGCGAGAAUGAAUAAUUCGGAGGACAGCGGAAGCAAGUGCUCGCCUGCCCCCAUUUCAAGCUUCACGAUCCAGUCCAUUCUGGGCACCUCCAACGAGGGAGUCCGGUCAGCUGGAAAGGGCAGCCCAAAAGCGCAGCCGAGGAAGCGGACGUUGUCCGUGUCAUCGGAGGACGACUGCAGCGCCGGAGAGGACUCAGUCGACUGCUACUGCUCUGAGCCCGGUGUACCAGAGUCCUGCAACCCGCACCAGCCUCUGAACUUCUGCCUCGGUGCCACAAAGGGACUUCUACCUGUGCAAGAUGGGAUCGACCGCCGGCCGCAUUUGACACCAUCCAUACUACCGGAUUACAAAGAGGAGCAGGAGCGAGCGUGUAGCCAAAUGUCUCCCGUUUCUGAAGAGAGACAACGUGAUGGCCCGGACAAACAGAGCAGCUCCGCCAAGAAGAAAACGCGCACGGUUUUCUCUCGGAGUCAGGUUUAUCAGCUCGAGUCCACGUUCGAUAUGAAACGCUAUUUGAGCAGCUCCGAGAGAGCCUGUCUCGCCUCCAGCCUGCAGUUAACGGAGACACAAGUGAAAACGUGGUUUCAGAACCGGCGUAACAAAUGGAAACGGCAGCUCUCUGCGGAACUGGAAGCUGCGAACAUGGCGCACGCGUCAGCGCAGACUUUGGUUGGGAUGCCCCUCGUUUUCAGAGAAAGUUCGUUGCUCCGGGUGCCGGUCCCGAGGUCCAUCGCUUUUCCUACCCCACUGUAUUACCCUGGAAGUAAUUUACCAGCUUUACCAUUAUACAAUCUUUACAAUAAGAUUGAAUAUUAACUUUUGCGCACAACGAAAAUUCCUUGCUAAGGGACGACACACUAUUA